AUGAGCAGACGCAACAAAAGCAGGCUCGUUGUAGACCUGGAUGACGAGGUUGAGUUUGUGACCAAGGUAGCUAAGCAGACCACUAGUGGAGUACGCUAUGUGGACGUACCUUUGCCCAUGCCCACAGGUUCAAACGUGCCAUCGCCUUCCAAAAGUCCAUCGAAGGCUCCAGCUUCAGGCUCCUUGUUUAACUUGGAUGAUGGCGACGUCCUGGGCAACAUAGGUGUGCCGAUUCAGCUGGAUCCGGCGGCUCGGAAGACAAAGACCCAGAAUGACUUCAUGAGGGACUGGAUACCCCACCGUGAUGAGAAUCUUCAUGUCAUUGUCGAGAUGGAAGCCCCGCCUGAGCCCAGAAACUGUGCAGAAUGCAAGGUUGGCGAGGGAUGGUGGCGAUGUCUGGACUGUAUGGGCAGACCGCUCACCUGUACCGACUGCUGUCAUAACGGCCAUCAGCGUGCUCCUUUCCAUCGGAUAGAGCAUUGGCAGGGUCAGUAUUUUGAGCCGGCAUCACUGUAUCGGGUUGGCAUCUGCAUCCAUUUGGGGCAUGGCAGAGAUCCCUGCCCUCUGGGCGCCUUCACAGCACAUAACAACCCUGCGCCGGUGGUGGCCCCGGGGUCCGAUUUCUGGAAUGCCUCCAAUGAAGACCUAAAUGCACAUGAUGGCGAGGUCUCAGAUGAUGGCGAGGUUCCAUUCAACUUUGCACCUCUGGCAGGCACCCUUGACAGUGAAGCAAGGCAAACCGACGAUGCUCCUGAUCCCACUUGGGAGGAAGAUGUGCCACCGGUGCUCUCCCAGCCACCUCGCCAUGAUAGUUAUGGGAAUCAGAUCAUAGUCAUUGUCGACAUCUCUGGCGUUCACCAUAUCGGCGUUGACUGGUGCCAGUGUGAGAUGGCAGUGGAGCGUGACAUGCAGCUUCUUCAAAUGGGACUUUACCCUGGUACCGUCAAGGAUCCCCAUACCACCUUCACAUUCGCCGUCCUCGACGAUUUCCUUCUGGAGAACAAAGAGUGCAAGACGGCGGCAUUGAACUACUACAGCAAGCUCAAACGGGUCACGAGCAAUGCCUUCCCUGGCACCGUUCCCAUAAGUGUUCACAUGCAUUCCCAUGGCCCAACCUUUUCAUGCCAGUUCCUCGCCAGGACCGUUAUCUGGCACGGCUUCUCACAUGAUGCCCUCUGUCCUGUGGAGAAGGGUGGCCUCGCCAUCUUUUGUCCCGCCUGUCCCCAGCCUGGGCUCAACCUGCCUUUCAAUUGGCAAGCGGAUCCAGUGCAGUGGAAGUUCAAACACGGCUUUGUCAUGGAUGGCAAUUUCAGUGCAGAGCACAUGAAGAUGAAGCACCCCGAGGAGGACGUCGCCCUCAGUGACGGCCAGGCAUUCAUGGUCGGCCAAGAGGAUUACAAGGCUCAUCUGGUGGUGGCCAUGGAGUCGCAUCAGCGCUCCACUUGUCAGCACCGCGCUGUCAAUCAGGCCAAUGUGGAUCGCGCCAACCUCAACGCCACAGGAAUCGGGGCCACUGCUUGCGCCAGACAUGGUUUCUUCGUCCCUCAUACUGUCGUCGAUUUCCAGAAGGGAGAAAGACAAAUGAAUAUGGAUUACUCUCUCAGCAAUGCGCUCCUGACCCUCACCGGUAUCACCCUCAUCCUCAUCAUGUAUGACAUCAUGUGCCAGUAUGGCGUCCAUGUCCGCAGACGUUUCCGCCACAGCGCCUAUCUGAGGAUGCCCUUCGAGCUCAAGGUAGACCAAGGCAUCAGCUUGUUUCAUGUGCACGGACACCAAGAUUGCUGCUUCCAACGGUUCUCGCCCAACUUUAUAGUUGGUGCUGGUAUGGUCGAUGGCGAGGUCAUCGAGACCCUGUGGGCGCCGAAAAAUGAGGUCUCAGGCAGUACCAGGGGCAUGACCCGAGCUCACUGCCAAGAAGUCCUUGACGAUCACAUGAAUGACUCCAACUGGAAGAAGACGACUCGCAUGGUGCCAACCUUGAUGACAAAGUGGAAAUGCAUGCUCCUGGGCUUCCCACAAAGCAAGGAGUCCUUUGAAGCUUUAUCUGCAUCCACAGAUGAGGAUGUCCUUGAGGCAUGGCAGAAAGAGUACGACGACGCUAUAGAGGCUCGCCAAAAUGAUCCGAAGAUCAUGGACACCUUCAAUGUCCAGCUCAUGAAGGCUGAGUAUCCUUCCAUCGUCGUACUGGCUGGCGAGGAGUCCACCAAGGGCUUGGAGAAGGGCACCGCCGGAUGGUUGUCGACUGGCCUCAAAAUUCAAGAAGCACAGCUUAAGCUUGCGAAUGAUAUCCACAAGGCGGGUCAAAAUCCGAGCAUGGCGGAGGACCUCAAGACUCUCGAGCGCCGUCAGCGCCUCGAAGUCAGCAUACUCACAUUCCAACGUCGCUCUGAGAAGUUCAUGGGAAGGUUGGAGGACGUUCCCGCCAUGGAAGAUCGUGACGAUGGUGCACUCUGGGAUUCCUUGGAUGAGAAUCCUUUUCAAAUACACCCGGAGGACGCUGAGUAUGGUGAGGAUGCAAUUCCUCCCGAGCGAGCUUCCUUGAAUUUACCUUCGCAGAUCGGAUUCGUGGCCACCAUCGCCAACGGGCUCCAGGCCCUGGCGGCCCAAGAGUUGGAGUUGCGCAAAGGCCUGAUGAAUGACAUCCUCCACGAGCUUCGCAUGGCGCUUGGACUGAAGUCUUACCUCUACUGCAAGAGGGUUCGUCCCACCAACAGUGUCGGAACCAUGACCUGUGCACAGGCGGAGGUUCAUGCUGCCGAUCAGACCGUCUUUGCCUGCACCAGGCUCUAUUCCACCAACUGA